AGAGAAGAGAUUUCAUUCAUCUAUAAAUAGAGUACAAAAACCACACAGCUAAAUCAUCAAGUACUCCUCAUUUUCACAACAAGAAAAUAUUUUUUGUGUACUCAAUACUUACUCUCUCAAGAAAAUACAUAUCAUCAUGGCAUUUGGAUUGCCUAGUUUUGUUAAGGGCAAGAAGGCUCUCCAAAGAUCGCUUUCGGGAAUUAAAGAAGCUGCUUUGAAGUCCAAAACUAUUCCGAAAGGCUACUUUGCAGUCUACGUUGGAGAGGAGCAAAAGAAGCGUUAUGUAGUACCUCUUUCGUACCUAAACGAGCCUGCGUUUCAAGAAUUGUUAAACAUGGCUGAAGAAGAGUUCGGAUAUGAUCAUCCAAUGGGUGGACUCACAAUUCCAUGCAGAGAAGACAUCUUCAUUGAACUCACUUCUCAGUUGAAUUGAUUGUAAAUCAUAGAAAACAUAACAUAAUUUAGCAUAAACAAUUUUGUAGAUCAUAUACUCCUAUUGUUUAACUACUUGUGAUUGUACAUAUAAAAAUUGCUCAUUUUAAUCUAUUUGUAUCUUUGGAAAGAUUUAUGUUUUCAUAUCUUACUAGAUUCUGUUUCUUACUGCCA